AUGACUAGCAUAGAUGAGCUAUUCAAGGCAUCUGGCGUCGGUAGCAAGCGCAAGCUAGAACCUCUUCGAGACCCUAAUCAAAUAUACAAAUCUGCCCGUUUAAAUUCGAAUGGUAACAGCAGCCGACAUGCGCGCGUCGAGGACGAGAGUGUAAACGAUAACGAAGAUGAUGUCGAAGCAGGACCUGCGCCCCCUCCAGAAGACGAGGAAGGUGACUACGGACCAGAUCUACCACCCGACGACGAUGAGGACGGACGAUUCUUUGGUGGUGGAAUCACGGCGCAAGAGAACGAAGUAUUAGACUACGUUGAUGAUCCCGAUCCCAGCGCGGACACAGCACCCGACAAGUUCGACAGCGCGUGGCUACGACGAACCGCCCUUAAUUUCGAAAAGCGAAUAAACAAGAAUGCCGAACUGCGCGCUAAGUUUGAGGAUGAUCCUCAAAAGUUUAUUUCGAGCGAAGCCGACCUCGACGCCGACAUAAAGGCCCUCUCCAUCCUUUCUGAGCACCCGGAGCUAUAUCCCGAGUUCGCUAAGAUCGGAAGUGUCGCGAGCCUUGUAGGGUUACUCGCACACGAGAACACCGAUAUUGCGAUAGACGCUAUUGAGAUUAUUAACGAACUGACUGACGAAGAUAUCGCGGCCGAGGAUGAUCAAUGGAAUGCACUGGUCGAUGCCCUACUAGAGGCUGAUUUGCUGGGGCUACUUGUGUCGAACUUCGAAAGGCUAGAUGAGGAGCAGGAGGUUGAUCGGAGCGGUGUCUACUACGCGCUCAGUGUGGUAGAAAACCUAUGUAGCGGACGAACGGCGACGGCAGAACAAGUUACGGAAAAUGACAGCCUACUAAAGUGGCUACUUCGUCGUAUACAGGCCAAGGAGGCCACUGUCAGUCAGAACAAACAGUACGCUGCCGAAGUUUUGGCAAUAUUAGUGCAGACAUCGUCGAAAAACAGGAAGAAACUGGCCAGUUUAGAUGCCGUGGACAUCAUGCUACAGCUUGUAGCAUCUUAUCGAAAACGCGACCCCGAAAAGGGCGGCGAGGAAGAAGAGUAUAUGGAGAACUUAUUCGAGGCUUUGGCCUGUCUCGCGGACGAGCCCGAGGGCAAGACCAAAUUCAUCGAGGCGGAAGGUGUCGAGCUUUGUUUAAUUAUGUUGAAAGAGGGUAAGAUGAGUAAAUCUGCCGCGCUCCGGCUCCUGGAUCAUGCCGUAGGAGGCCAGGGUGCGGCGGGAACUGGUGUAUGCCAAAAAGCUGUGGAGGCGGGUGGAUUAAAGAAUAUUUUCACACUAUUUAUGAAAAAGAAUAACGACAGCCAGACUACGGAACACUUAAUCGGCAUAUUUGGAUCCAUGCUGCGGCUGUUGCCAGCCGACUCGGCAGAACGAAUCCGAACCCUGGCUAAGUUCGUCGAGAAAGACUACGAGAAGACGGAGAAACUGGUUAAAUUGAGAAGGGAGUACGCGGCGCGCCUUGGUUCCGUGGACGAGGCGAUCCGCGCGGAACAGAGUGGGAUGAGCGCAGAAGAGAAAGAAGAAAUGGCAGAUGAUUGGUUCUCGCGGCGGCUCGACGCUGGCUUAUUUUGCCUACAGACGCUGGACGUAGUGCUGGCGUGGCUAGUGGCGGAAGACAACGGCGCCAGGAAGACGAUACAGAGGUUGCUUGCCGACCGCGACGAAACCUUGGCUACAAUUAAAGCUACGCUACAAGAACAGAUUGAAGGCAUCGAUGCGGAUGAUGCAGAGGGCAAGGAUACUAGAGAAAUGCUUACAACCCUAGUGGAAUUUCUAUAA